AGAAGAACUCAACUAGCGAGCGAGCGAUAAACACGAGACUCAAGCCAUAGCUGGAAACAUUUAUUCACGCAGUUGAAUGAAUCUCCGCGUGCAACAAAAUAACGGAACCGCGUUUCCUUCGAAAGCGAACAACUGAAAAACAUUGCGUUUUUUUACCUGGCUCCUUUAUAUAGGCGCAGGACAGGAAGAAAUUACUGGCUUGCAUAAAAAAGACUCAAGGAAGAGAGAGAGAGAGAGACGCAUGAGGAAAGUUUUCCUCCGUGAAAACAAACUGGAACUGUGCAGAAAUCGUGACGCAUAAGCCAUGCACUGGCUGUACAACGUGGGAUAAUUCUUCUGUUGGCUUUCAUCCGAAGGGAAUGCAUUUUUGUUGGCUUUCGUCAACCUCUCUAAAAGUUUAACGCCAGGAACGCUUAAUUAUUAUAUUCGAAAGAAAACGCUUAAUUGUGAAAGGAACCUUUUUUGGCGCUCGCGCUGUUUUCUUCUGGUAUUUGUCCGUUUCACUGGAAAAUCUGGUCAUCCUCUGAAUUUGGGGGACAGGGAGUGGGUUGGAUAUAUUCAUGUUUCCCCACUUUUCCUUCAUGGCCUCCUCCAGGAUGUAUUUUUUUAUGACAUGCAUGCUGUUCUCCCAACUUGUGUUGAGUCGCGCGCUCAUAUGUCUGCCCUGUGAUAAGUCCAAAUGCGAGGAGCCCAAACACUGUAGCGGAUCGGUGGUGCUGGGAAUCUGCGGCUGUUGUUCGGUGUGUGCCAAGCAGAAGAACGAGAGCUGCGGCGGCGUUUACGGUCUGUACGGGACCUGCGACAAGGGGCUCCGGUGCGUGAUCAGACCUCCGUUAAACGGCGGUUCCAUCACGCAGUAUGAGGUCGGAGUUUGUGAAGAUGAAAACUGGGAUGACGACCAACUCUUGGGCUUCGAGCCAUGCAAUGAAAACCUGGUUACGGGCUGUAACAUCAUUGAUGGGAGGUGUGAAUGUGACAGUGUGCGGACAUGCAACAACCCAUUUGAGUUCGCUAGCCAGGAAGCCUGUCAGACAGCCUUGCAGAAGAUUGAAGAGGAACGACCGGACUGUUCCAGGGCGAGGUGUGAGGUGCAGUUUUCUCCGCGCUGUCCUGAAGACUCCACAUUAAUUGAGGGCUACGCUCCACCGGGGGAAUGUUGUCCCCUGCCCAGCCGCUGUGUGUGCAGCCCAGCCGGGUGUCUAAGGAAAGUUUGCCAGCCUGGACACCUCAACAUCUUAGUAUCCAAGAGCUCAGGCAAACCCGGCGAGUGCUGCGACCUCUACGAAUGCAAGCCAGUGUUCAGUGUAGACUGCAGCACAGUAGAGUGUCCUCCAGUGAAGCCCGUCCAGUGUCCUGCAGACAGCUAUGAGACUCAGGUCAGACUGACAGCAGAUGGCUGCUGCACCCUUCCAACCAGAUGCGAGUGUUUGCCCGGCAUCUGCACCUUCCCGCAAUGCUCAGCAGGGACUUCCCCUCAGGUUGUGUCCCGCGGUGACGGAACACCUGGGAGGUGUUGUGAUGUGCUAGAGUGUGUCAACGAGACAAAGCAGGCCUGCACUUCCAAUGGAGUGGAGUACCAUGAUGGAGAUAUGUUCAGAAUGGAUGCUUGUCGAUUCUGUCGCUGUCAGGGCGGGGUGUCCAUGUGCUUUACGGCACAGUGUGGUGUGCUGCACUGCGAACGUUACUACAUACCAGAUGGAGAGUGCUGUCCUGUGUGCGAAGACCCAAUCUACCCGGUGCUCAAUUUUGCCGGCUGCUACAUGAACGGGCAGAUCUUGGCUCACGGAGACCACUGGCGUGAGGACGACUGCACCUUCUGCCAGUGUGUGAGUGGAGAGGCUCGCUGUGUGGCGGCAGCCUGCGGCCACAGCUGCCUCAAUCCUGUCACCGUUCCAGGAGAGUGCUGUCCUGUGUGUGAGGAGCCCACCUACAUCACAAUGGUGCCCCCUGCCUGCGGCUCACUGAACAACUGCACGCUGACUGAGAAGAGCUGCCCGCAUGGACUCCGUCUGGAUGGCAACGGCUGCCGGACCUGCAGCUGCAAGACACGAGAAGAACUGUGCAGUGGUUUAAUUGCCAGCUGCACUCUGAAAUGCCCUUUUGGCUACCAGACUGACAUACACGGCUGUGAGGUUUGCCAGUGCCGCUCACGUCACAAGAAGUGCAAGGCUGUGGCCUGCGCCAAGGACUGCCCCUUCGGAUACAUUAAGAACAAGCAUGGCUGUGACACCUGUCGUUGCAAGAAAUGCCCUGAGUUGCCAUGUGACAAGACAUGUCCAAUGGGCUUCCAGCACGAUGAGUUGGACUGUCUGAUUUGUCAGUGUAGAGAUCAGAGCUCAUCCUCUGUGGCUCCACCAGUGAAACUGGGCUCGUGUCUGUCUAUGGACGGCCGAAGGCAUGAGAAUGGGCAGAGCUGGCACGACGGCUGUAGGGACUGUUACUGCCAUGCUGGGAGAGAAAUGUGUGCUCUCAUUUCUUGCCCUUUGCCCCCCUGUGACAACCCCACCAUCCGAACUGGCCACUGUUGUCCCACCUGCCCAGAAGAGUCCAGUUCUCAUAAGCCAGAGCUUAGCGAGGCAUCUGUGUGUUUGGCUCCGGGUGGAGAGUACUUUGUAGAGGGCGAGACAUGGAACAUAGAUUCCUGCACUCAAUGCACCUGCCACAGUGGCCGUGUUCUCUGUGAGACGGAGGUGUGUCCGCCGCUGCUCUGCCAUAGUCCAAUCAGAACACAGGAUUCCUGCUGCCCUCACUGUCCAGAUGAUCCCGUCACCCCUCAGAUGCCCAGUAAUGACAGUAUGCCCAGUUACUGUAGGAAUGAAGAUGGUGAUAUCUUCCUGGCCGCUGAGUCCUGGAAGCCCAAUGUCUGCUCCAGCUGUGUCUGUCUGGAUGGAGCCAUCAGUUGCUUCUCUGAGUCCUGCCCACCUGUCAACUGCGCCCGACCCGUGCUCAGGAAGGGCCAGUGCUGCCCCUACUGUCUAGAAGCCACACCGAGGGCCGUGUGUCAUUUCAAUGGAAAGACUUACAUGGACGAGGAGCGAUGGGACAUUGACAGCUGCACUCACUGCUACUGCCUGCAAGGCCAGACCCUCUGCUCGACUGUCAGCUGCCCUGCUUUACCCUGCUAUCAGCCAGUCACAGUAGAGGGCAGCUGCUGCCCUAUGUGUCCAGAGACUUACGCACCCACAAACGUGCCCAUCGAGAAGACAGACCAGCGUGGAGACAAGCAGAGACAUCUACCGGACUGGCCCACUCACAGUGAAAAUGAUAUCAUGCCACAGUUCAGAGGUGGUUUCGGGAGUCUUCAGAUGCCGUACCUAGAUGGUAAGACGCCAUUGCCAAGUGAGGAUGCUGGUCUGCACUGGGCCUGGGUGGCACUGCCUGUUCUAAUGAUGAUGCUCACCAUCGCUGCCCUGCUGUUUGUCAACCAGCGUAAGCAGUGGAUUCCUGUGCCUUGCUACCGCACACCCACCAAGCCCACGUGUCUCAAUAACCAGCUGGUGUAUGUGGACUGCCAGAAGGGGACGAAAGUCCAGGUGGACAGUUCACAGCGCAUGCUCCGCAUCGCAGAUCCCGACUCAAGAUACAGCGGUUACUACAGCAUGCAGAAACACAACAACAUGCAGGCUGACAACUUUUACCAGACCGCGUGAGAACCAGGAGAGCGGCGAGAGAGAGUGAGUGAACGAGAACGAGAGAGACUGAUCCCGUGUUUCGCGGCACACGAACAUCAACUAAAAACUAUCGAGACAGACAAAGCCACAAAUCCAAGUGGACAGAGAAGAGACCCUGAUAACGAAUAACAAUUAUAAUAUUCACUUAAGUCACUCCAAGCAAAAGAGGAAAAAUAUAUUACACGUCAACAGCUGAAAGUCUCACCUGAAGCUGGACGCCGCACCUACAUAACCGAACGAAACUUGAGGACUCUUCCAGAAUAUUUUUGUAAAAGGUUGAGCUUCUUUUUAUGUGAGUGUGAGUUUUCGUGGAUGUUCAGACACAAGUUGAAGGUAGUCGUGAAGUAAAUGUACAGUUUUGGGAUUUGGACAACCGCUGUGUUUUAUCAACGCCAAUUUUUCCUGCAUUCCUACUUUUUCGGUUGGAAAAGAGAGAAGUAGUUUUAGGAGCGAAAAUAUUUGACACAAGUGCUUGUGUGAACACAUAAUGCUGAACAAAAGUUUCUCUGUCUGAGUUACCUGAUAUGCCCAGAGCGGGCAGGAAGACCAGGAGGGUGAGAAGACCUUCACUUCCCUGAGGUAGAGGAGAUGCUGGAGUGUGUGGAAGAAAAUAAGAGGGAAAAUAGAAAGAAAGUAGGUCUGUUGGUCUGUUGUUGCAAACAGACCUGUUUUUGUAGGAGAUGCUACUGUAAGAUUUUGAUUUCCCCAGUGCUGUGGGUGAGUUUGGCCAAGCUUUUUUUCUCUCUCUCUCUUCAAAAGACGACUGGAAGAAAGCAGAGUAAGCCACUCUGUGGACAUUAGAUCUUCCUGGUAGAUGGUUGUGUGGGGUCUCUAUGUUGUAUCUCUGCUUACAUGUAUGAGCAUUUUCCCAUUUAACCAUACAAAUACCAUUUGCUCUUUCUCCCACAAUGAAGGGCAGAUUGACUUACACUCCUAGCAAAUAUAUAAUUUACUGAAACGAAUCCAAGGAUUGUGAAGCGAGACAAAGUUAAUGAAAAAACAUACUGGUUUGGAUUUGAGGCUAUGCUUUUUACAAGUGCUGCUUUUUUGCUUUGAUUAUUUAAACCUCAUUUUGUAAGGUUGAAAAACAGUAGUGAGGACUAUUUGCAACUUUUAGGAAACAUUUACCAAGAAAAUCAAAGGGCCGCAUUUGUCAAGAACAAGCAGAAUGAAAGUUUGUGUACAUUUUACGUUAAAAACUAUUCUUAUGGAAAUUGUCAACAAUUUGCUACUGUUAAUCCGGUUAAAUGGUUUUACGAAUCAUCACUUUAUACUAGUCAUUUUUGAAAACUAUAUAAACAAACAUUUUAGUAUUUGAAAAAUGUACACAAAACAUAUUCACACAAAAAUUACACAAUUGUAUACAGUUGGCACAAGAAAGGUUUUAUGAACAACUACUACAUACUAGUGAUUUCUCUAAACGAUUCACACACAAAUGGAAGGAUUUGAACGAUUUACACAAAUAUGAGUAAAUUGUUGAAAAUUUACACAAGAAUGGUUUGAUGAACAAUUACAACAUACAAUUAACAAAGUAAUUUCUCUAAAGGAUUCACAAAAUCUUAACGAUUUAAACUAAAAUUACUAAAUUGUCAACAGGUUACAUACGAUCGGUUUUACGAACAAUUAGCACACAAAAAUUUAAGGAUUUCAGAAAUUUACACAAAAAUGACUAAAUAGUCAACAAAUGUAUGCAUGAAUGGUUUUAUGAACAGUUACUACAUAUUAGUAAUUUAUCUAAAUGAUUCACAAAAUGUAAGGAUUUGAACAAUUUACACAAAACGAAGCAAACUGUCGACAGUUUACGUAAGAACGGUUUUACAGACAGUUAUCACACAAAAAUGAAAGGUUUUGAACAAUUUACACAAAAAUUACUAAAAUGUUGACAAUUUACUUACUACAUACAAUAAAUUUUGUAAAAGAUUCACACAAAAAUAUAAGAAUUUGAACGAUUUAUACAAAAAUGACUACAUUUUCAACAGUUUAUGCAUGAAUGUUUUUAUGAACAAUUAUUACAUACUAGUAAUUUCUUUAAACGAUUCACAAAAUUACAUUUUACGUAAGAAUCGUUCAUAACGGUUAAGUUUUAUGAACGAUUUGCCAACAAAAUAAAAGAUUUGCGCAAACGAUUUACACAAAAAUGGCUAAAUUGUUGCCAAUUUACGUAAGAAUGGUUUUAUGAAAUAUUACAUACUAAUUAUUUUUGUUAACGACUAAAUGUAUGUUUUGAAUGAUUUACACAUUAUCUAUCGAUUUACACAUAAAUUACUAAAUUGUCGACAAUUACAGUAAGAAUGGUUUUACAAACAAUUUACACAAAUCUUUUUGUUUCAUGAUUAAGCAUCAAAAAUCUGAUCUAAUGACAUUUGGUAGGGGGUUUGAGACAAACGUAUAAAGCUUUUACAAUGUUUUUAUUUUAUUUGAUUUUUUUAUUGUUAAUGAAACUGCCUCCUUUUCUGGAAGCUUUGAAACGUUACUGAGGCACCUUUGUGUUCUGGGUUUCUUGCUGAGAAAGAAUUUGGCUUCAAAAAUCCAAAACUUAUUAUAGAAAUAUUUAUGUACAUAUUAAUGCUAAAAUGAAAAGGCCUAAAAUAUUAUGUGAGUAUAUAUGUACGUGUGUAUGUAGACGUGUUCGCAUGUACGUACGAGUGUGUACACACAAACGCACAUGCACGCACACGACUUCUCUUCCUAAUGAAUGUAUUUAUGAUUGAGAAAGAGAUUUAUAAAAGAGCAAACUGAUGAUAACAGGCAAUCCAUUGCCUUUCUUGUUUGACGGUAAUUCAGAACAGCACAGAUGAUGAUAAAGAAAGGAAGACAAACAUCUCAUUCAAUUCUUUUUUGUGUAUUUUUUCCCUCUUGUUUUCUCCUUAUAGUAGAGCUUUACUCAUUCAAACGUUUUGGGGCCUUUAAGAGUCACUUUGGCCUAUUUCAGACAUACAGCAGAAAACUGAUCUUUUUGGCAUAAUUUAGUUGUUUUUUGUAGUAUGAACAGAAUAAAACAACAGCAUCCAAACCAUAUUAGUAGAUGAGUUUUAAAUCGGAUUACAAUGAGAUUUUUGAAAAUGCAUUUCAGUCUGAAUGAUUAGAUUGGAUUGCGAAUCUUUCAAAUAUAUGUGUGCAGUGUGAACAAAGCCUUUGUUUUUGUGAGUGAAGCCAUUUCAUGUUGCCAUCCAUUGUGAUGUGAAAGCUGAAUGAUGAAGCUCUUUUUUAAUCGUUCCCUGUCUUGAGUCCCUUCAGGUGUCUUAACUACUGGAAUGUUGAUGGACAUAAGCUGUUGAAGU